AUCUUCAUCAUCAUCAGCAGCAUCUUCAUCCCAGGUACCACCACUACAUGGAGUCCAGCUGGAUGCCAAACCUGCUGGCUGCUGUCUCUCCUCUGGCUGGCUUUCAAGACGGUCUGAUUGGCCAGCGCAGAAGUCGUGGGCGGGGCAGGAGAAGGAACGGUCUGCCUGAUUUUUCAGAUGGGCGUCAUGGAGACGACUACGAGGCUCUGCUGGCGUUCGAGGAGCGUCAGGGCGCCGUCGUGGCGAAGAAGUUAAGUCGGAGGGAGAUCCAGAGGUUUCCAACCAAAUCCUUCCAGUCUGCUAACAGCGGCGGGAACACUCAGUGUCAGAUCUGUUUCUGUGACUACACUGAUGGGGAGAAGCUGAGGAUGCUGCCCUGUUUCCAUGACUACCACGUGCCAUGUAUAGACCGAUGGUUAAAGGAUAACACCACCUGUCCCAUCUGCAGAGCUAACCUGGCCGACAGUGACUCCCUCGCCCCCCCACACCUCUGACCUCCUCCUGAGAGCUGACGGCGUCGGCGCUGCAGUAUUCACUUCUCACUGGAGUUGAUGUUCAAAGAAAGACAAGUCGUGUGUUUUAUACUUUAAUUUAAUUGUUUCACCUCAGAACUGAAUUCAGGGAUCAAACCUUCGAUGCUGCUGUUCUUAAGUUUUUUUUUAUGUGGAGAGAAAGAUUUUCAGUCUGCUGAUAAAUUUCAUUAAAAUACUUUUUCCUCUUA